CCGGUCAUGCGAGUAAAGCAGCGAAGGUUCGUGACCUCUCUUCGGGACGAUCAGGCAAUAAUGGCUAGCGGGUUGGACGAGAAUGUUUUGAGAAAAUCUAUGCCGGAACAUGAAAUAAAUUCAAAUAAUGAAUUUAAUCCCGAUGAAACGAAACCAAGAUGGGGUCCACAGCACGCUGGAGCAAAAGAAUUGGCAAGCCAAUACACAGCCGGAAAAAGACUGCAGGAGACAGUAUGUGUGGUGCUCACCAUUUUAUUCAUGCUGAUAGAUGGCCUGGGUUUGGUGUACUUCUUUCGAGUGGAGAACUGGGUUGUCAUUUUGGGUGCUGCCUUACUUGGAAUACUGACAGCUGACUUUCUAAGUGGUCUUGUUCACUGGGGUGCUGAUUCAUAUGGCUCAGUGGAAAGCCUUAUUGGGAAGUCUUUUAUACGGCCAUUCCGAGAGCAUCAUAUAGAUCCCACAUCCAUAACACGUCAUGACUUUAUAGAGACAAAUGGGGAUAACUUUGCUGUUAUCCUGCUGCCAUUGAUGAAAAUGGCAUACAAUUUUUUCACGAUGUCUCAAGAAGAAAUCCUGGCCUCAUACAAUUGGUGGAUGUACGUCUUCCUCCUGGCCAUCUUCAUUAGCCUUACUAACCAGUUUCACAAAUGGUCUCACACAUAUUUUGGCCUUCCGAAGUGGAUUACAACAUUACAAGACUACCAUGUGAUAUUGCCACGGAAGCACCACAGGAUUCAUCAUGUGGCGCCACACGACACCUACUUCUGUAUCACAACAGGCUGGCUCAAUUAUCCGUUAGAAGUGAUUGGUUUCUGGACAAAGUUUGAGGCUGUUAUUGAAGUUGUCACCGGACACAAACCUAGGGUGGAUGAUCUUAAAUGGGCAAAAAAGCAGUGAUUAAAUAUUCUUAUGUUUUAUAUUCCUUGUAAAGUAUCGUAAUUCACAUUUUUGGUGUUUUGUGUUAAUCUGAUUAAAUUCUUAAUUUGUAGUUUUGUAAGAAAUUUAAUUUGUAAGAAAUUUAAUUUUCUUACAGUUGCUGUAAGCGAUCAAUAUUUUUUAAAUACUUGUUCUAGCUUCUGGUAUUUUGAAUUUCAGCCAACUGAUUAAAAAGGCAACUGAUAUAUACUAGCUGAGUGACUAUUAGUAGCUGACUGACUAUUAGUCAGCUGAUUAAAUGUGACAAAAGUUAAUUGAAAAAUGAAUUCAGAGUCUGGGUUUAAGCCUAUUAGUUUGAUAAAAAGUCUCAAUAUUUUCAUGCCGCCGAAGGUGGGGAUAUUAAAAUCGCACAGUCUUGUGUCUGUCCUUCCGUCUAGUUUUCCGUGUCCGCGCUGUAAAAUUGUCAUGUAGGGAGGGAUUUUAGAAUAACUUAGCACAUGUGUUCAGUACAUAAAGACAACAUGUGUGCAAGACCCACAUCCCUACCUCAAAGGUCAAGGUCACACUAACAGGUUUAUCAUUAUAGAAUGCUGCUGAUAUGCAUAAUAUGUUAUAGUUGGUCGUGUCUGGGCUGUAACUUUGUCAUACACAUAGGGAUUUUAAAAUCACUUUGCACAUGUGUUUGGUACAUUGCAAAACCAACAAGACUAGUUCAAAGUUCAAGGUCAAAUUUGAAGUUGAAUCAUUAUGGAAUGCUGCAUAUAUGCACAUAGAGUAUCCACAUAGGGGCAGUAACUUAUCAUGCACUAAAGGAUUGUAAAAUUAAUUGGCACAUGUUUGGAACUUAAAGGCGAUGUGUCGUUUGCAAAGACAAUCGACCUACCUAAAAGUUUGUCACACUAAGAGUUUAAUCAUUAUGGAAUGCUUCAUAUAUGCACACAGGUGGAGUAAAGUUGGUUUUGUCCGGGCUGUAACUUUGUCAUGCACAGAGAUAUUUUAAGAUAACUUUGCACAUGUGUUCGGUACAAGACGAAAUGUGGGGUGCAAGACCGACGUCCCUACCUCUUACUGCUUCAUUCCUCCACACUUGAAGUCAACCAUUAUGGGGGCCGGCAUAUGCUUAUAUAUAUGAAUUGAUAGCUCUUUCUGAAUGUAGGCAUAUUCAUAAUUGCAUAAUCCAUUGAACUCGAUGGCAUUUCGGGGCGCAUUCGUCACUUACUGUGACAGCUCUAUUUCUACUGGUUGAGAAGCAGUUUCCGACAGUUUUUAUACGUUUUUAUUAAAUUAUUUAUACAUGUUUAAAUACCUACUAAAAUUGUUCACAAUUUAGAUAACUACAGCUCAAGCUGCUAUUGUCGAUAUAUUUUUCACAUGUGUGACGUCACAUAGUGUAUCUAAUAGGGGCGCAAAGAGGGUACUUACAUUGUUCUGAUUAGCUUGUGAUGAUAAGCAGUUUCCAACAAAUCGAAUGCGGGGCAUAUUUAAGGUGCCUAUUGUGUGUUUUUAUUAUCCGUUUAUUUAAUAAUCUAAAUAUAAGACUGUAAUAAGAGAAAUAUUAUUUAAUUUUUCAGCAUUUACGAAAAAUUUAAACCUUAAGAUUUACGACAGUCAAUUCAUACUCGAAAUCAGGCAGACACUGAAUAUCAAUGAUAUUUUGAUUCAUUUCUGAUGGAAACUUGUGUUUGUAUACAAUUAAGUGAAUGUGGGUGCGAAACAAGCAUGACACCAGUGUUCACAAAUAUGUACACAAUGAUCAUCGUUUGUAUAAGUCAAUUUAGGAAAACCUUGUAGCUAUUCAUAGAUAUAUGCAAAUUAGGUUCACACGCAUGUGCAAUACGCUGCGCGUGCAAAUCCCCCACGUGCAAGUUUGUGUACAAAAUGAAAAAUAAACAUUAAACAUUAAAUAAUAAUAAAAGUACUUACGUGUCUCGGUAAGAAUUUCAACUUUGGAUUGCCUAGUUACCAUAUAGUUGAAUUACAGUACCUUCUUUAUGAAGAUCUAAAGAAAGUACGCGAAAAAGCGAUUUGUUGGAAACUGCUUUCCGUCGGAAACUGCUUCUCAACCAGUAGUGAUAAUUGGAAAACAACAGGCAUUUAUUUCAUGACAAUAUAAUUAAUGUUACAUAAUGUAAGAUAAGUGUUUAACUGUUAAGUUGAGCUUAAUAAUGCUUUUAAAUGUUUAAGUCUGUUCUGUUAUGUUUCUUUUUCACUAUCUAUAUAACUAAUGUCCAUUUCCAUUUUAUUAAUACAUAAUGAUAAUGUAUGUUUUUGAAAUCACUUAACUUUUGAUGUUUUUACUAUGUCCAAUUUUUACAGUGAUUUUGAUUAAAUCCAGUUCUAUAUUUUUAUGAAAAGUUAUGUUGUUUCUAUUUUUUAACCUUUAAGUUCAUGCUAUUAAGUUGUCUAAACUGACUUUAUAUGCUUAAAGAAUUAAAUAUCAAAACAUUAAGACAUCAUUACGAGUGAAGGAAAAAUCCUCCCAGACAAAUGCCCAAAGUUUUGGUCAUCAAUGCCGCAAUGUUUAAUGUUAAUUAACAAUUGGUGUUGGGGAGCAUACAUCAGUUCCACUGAUCACCUUGUAAAAUAUUUACACAUCAUUUUACCCCGAUCGAACAGAGUUUGAAGGGGGUAUUUUGGAGUCACCCAGUUGGUGGGUCCAUUGCAAUUUCCCUUGUCCAAAGGAUAACUUGAAAACUACUGGAUGGAAUUAAAUAAAACUUCAUACAAUGAUAGAACAUAAUAAGAGGAAGUGCAGUGUACAUGAACCAUAACUCUAUUGCAGCUUAUUACAGAGUUAAUGCCCUUUGUUACUUUCUCUUGCCCAGAGCAUUACUUGAAAGCUACUGGAUCUAAUUUCAUUAAACCUCAUACCAUGGUGAAGCACAAUAAGAAGUGCAAUUCACCGGAACCAUAACUCUAUUUAAGCCAUUUACAGAGUUAUUGCCCUUUGAUACUUUUUCUUGUCCGGAGCAUAACUUCAAAACCAUUUGAUGGAAUUUAAUAAACUUCAUACAAUGAUAGAACACAAUGUAUUGAGAGGAACUGCAGAAUGUAAGAACCAUAACUCUGUUUUAGCUUAGAUUUUUCCCCGUUGUUACUUUUUCUUUUCCAGAGCAUGAAAACUACUGGUUGGAAUUUAAUUAAACUUCAUACAAUGGUUAAGUACAGUAAGAGGAAGUGCAGUGUACAAUAAUCACAACUCUUUUUCAACUUACUACAGAGUUACUUCCCUUUGUUACUUUUUCUUGCCAGCAGCGUUACUUUCAAAUUACUUAAUGGAUUUUAAUUAAACAACACACUUUGGUUAAGCAUGAUAAGUGGAAAUGCAGUGUACAAUAACCUAUGAGUUAUGGCCUCUUUUCAAAGAGAUAGAUUGCCAUUCCUGUGUCCAGGCGGCAGUCAGGGGUAUUUGUCACUCCUGUUGGGUACACACUUUCAAUUUAAUUAUAAUGGAAUGCUGCAUCAUGGACCUAUAGGUCCGUGGCUGCAUGUAUGCAUAUAAAGUAUCUGUGUCCAGGCUUUAACUUUGUCCUACACGGGGGGAUUUAAAAUAAAUUGGCACAUGUGUUCCAUACAUAAAUGUGAUAUAUUGCAUGCAAGACCAAGUCCCUACUUCAAAGUUCCAGGUCAAACUUACAGUUUAAUCAUUUUGGAAUGCUGCAUAUAUUCACUUAAGAGUAGAGUGUCUGGGAAGUAACUUUUUCAUGCAUGAUGCAGUUUUGCAUAAAUUUGGUAAAUACUUGUAUCAAAUGUAGUGAUUGAUAUAUAUAUAUCAAUCAUUACAUUCUUACCCCCAAUAAAAGUGUCCUAGUAACCAUCAGACCAAUGCAACCAGCUGCUUUUUCCGCUAUGCUGAACACUAUAGCCUAUAUGUUGUAAUCGGUCCAAUCACGUGUAUUAGUAGGUCGCAGAAGACACAAAUACACAAACUAUGUGUUCAAUCAUGUGAUUGCAGCUAUCGUGAUUAAGUGUUAAAAUCGGUCCAUAUUUUCACAUGGCAAUUACGCUAUGUUGUCGUCGAUCAAUUCAUGAUAUAUCCGUUUGUUGAUUACCAAACUGUUAAAUUUAAAUUGUAAUAAAGAAGCAUUGCUGGUUAAAAACGGUUUAAAAAAGAUAAAUGUAAUUGCCAUUGUUAAUGGCGAAAGCAUUAAAACUCUGAAUAGAUUAACCUAGUCAUAAAGGAUAUCAACAGCGACAUGCUUGAUUAACUACAGAGUCUAAGAGCUGAGUGCGCCGCUUACGUCAUUUUAAUUCGCAGUAAUGAAAAAAUCGUCGUCGAUAUCAAACUUAUAGCUUGAAGCCCCGAUUAUAAAUCUAGAUAUAUAUGAUUAUUCAAGAUUAUCAGUUAUUCAUUAAGCAAAUAAAUCAUAAUACUGUUUCACUUUUUGUCGUCUGACCGCUUCCCGCCGUGUAUAUAUAUAUAUAUAUAUAAAAUUUAUAUCUGUUUUGUAUGCUUUACAUGUAUGAGUAAAAAAAAAUUGUGCUGUAAUUUUUGUAUCUAUAUAUGCUGGCUUUCAUGUACAUGCAGUUAUAUUUUUUGUCUUGAAUGAUUGCUAUUAUGAUAAAGCAAAUAUAUCUAAAAAUAUGCAAUAUUUUAAGCAUAGUGGAAGAAAGUAACUGCUUGAGUAGAAAUUUGUCAUAAGUCAUUAAAAUGGUCUUAAGGCAUGUGGUGAAUAGAUAUUGUUCACCUAAAUCAGUUCAUACAACAAUCCAACUAUGAAUAAUAUGCCCUUCAAAAUAUCAAUGAAUUUUUUUACUAUAAAUUGGGAUUUGUAGUUUUUGAAUCAUUGAAUGAUUGUGACUUUAAUACUGCCCAUAUCUGUCUAUAGUGAAUUUCUAAUCAAGUGAAACAUCUAUGUUCUGUUGAUCAACAUCCCACAUGAAAAGAGUCAACAGUUACUGCAGCCAUCAGCGAUUUGGAAUAUACUUUUGAUGUAUAUCACCAGGACUAAAUUACUGAAGAGGCGGGUGCAUACUCCUUCAAAGCAUCCAUACAUGUGCAGUUUGCAUUGGUUUCACAUCAACCAACCAAUUAAAUCCUAGCUUUAAACUAAGUGCAAGACUGUGACAUUCAAAAAUCUAUGAAGUGCCAAAACUUGUAUUUUGAAGCCACUUUUGAGGUAGUACAAAUUAACCUUCUCUUCGUUGCAAAAUGAUUUUGUGAUUGUGCUUUAUAUACCAAUGACGAGUACAUUUUACUAAAUUUAUUCGCCAACAAGAGUGAAUCUUUUUUUAAAGUUUCAACUUUUGAAUUGUUUAUACAAGCACAGUUACUUUACUCCGCUAGGAUAUUGUAUAUUAUGUAUAAAAGAAAGUGUUAUUGUUUGACGUUCCAAAGUUUAUAUUGUUAUCUACUAGCUUUGCAAUGUAGUAAUUGCCUUUUCUUGAGAUUUUAAUUUUGUACCGUCUUGUUGAUAUUGAUGCAUGUAUGCUCCAUGAAUUGCGUUUUUUUUUUUACAGUAUUUGCAACAGCAUGGUUCUAGGUGUUGCUGUCAAGAGGCGCUGUCAUAGUGCAUUUCAGUAUUUCAAGGGCUCAGCGCGUGAUGGAUGCAACUCCUUCUAUUUUCAUAUGAAGUUAGGUCUGCCUUUUGGUAGGCCAUAGAUUUAAGUAUUUGAUUCAUAAAAAGUUUAAAAAUCGUACUACUUGUAAAGGCCUCUGGCUCAUUCAUUAUUGAGUAUCCUACAAUAUCUUUAAAAUACAAUGUAUAAACAAAAUCUAAGAUCUUGUGCAAUACCUGUACCCAUGUUUUUUGCUAAUAUGCAAGUAAAAGUGUACUGGUAAUGGAAUUUAGAUGAACUGAAAUACAAAAUACCUUUAAUGUGGUCACUGUUUUAAUGUUUGUGAGCACUUGACGAACUAAUGGUAUCACACCAUCCAUAUACCAUGACUUGUGAUUUUCCUUCGUCGCUUGUCUAUUUUUAUACUGAAGAUCUUCAUAACCAUAAUAUUCAUCAUGUUGUUUGUACCCAUAAAUGUAAAAUGUAAAUGUAUAGUCAGUGUUCGGUCAAAAAGGCACAUUACCAGAACGGUUAAACAGACCAAGUCUGAAAAUGUUGACAUUUGUCAUUUCAUUGCAUUUACUGCAAUGAAAUUUAAAGAUACAUAUUUCAAUCAUUGUUCAAGUUUUAGUUUUCGAAGCAAUUACUAAAUUUUAAUCAUAAUGAAUUGAGUACUAACAAUAGUAAGAAUGAUACAUUUAAUGGGUGGGGCCGUUUGGGUAAUGGUGCUUGUUAAUACAGACAGGCUAGUCAUAGAAAUUAGCCUUUAUUACCACCAUUUGAAAACAUGUAGUCACUAUGUCUUGUACCUUGGGUAUUUGUUUUAUGCUACACUUCAAAGCUACGCUUAAGGAAUUAUGUAGUUAAAUGUGGAGAAGUGUGAGACUCACAUACCAAUUUAUUCAUAUUUUGUUGCAUUUUUAUCCAGGAAAAUCGAUUGAGUUUGUUGUAUUUUAGUCAUGUAUGUUUUGGUGUAUUAAUUGUUAUGUUAUGGUUAUAUAAUAAUCAACUCUCUGUAAAUCCACUUGACCUGUGAUCAAUAUGUUUACAAAUGAUCAAUUCCUCUAAAUUGAAUUAAUAGUGCUGUUUGCUUUACCAAACUAACCCUAUCUCGAUCUUUCGAAAUGUAUUUUAAAGUCCCAAAAUCAUUUUUAUUUUACUGUUGUCUAAUUAACUAUCUAUGAAAUUAUGUCAAAAAUAUUAUUUAUUUUAUCACUUUCAGUGUAAACUAUUCAUAAAUUCAUUAAUUAAUUAGCCUAAUUGAUUAUGUUUCGUAUUAGUGCUAACUUUGGGGCCAUGUUAUCAAAUAGCGUACAACCUUCAAUUAAAUGUGGAGUAAUUAACUAUUCAGAAAUAUUGCUUUGAAAAGGCCAAAGAACCAGUCUUUAGAAUAUCAUCCUUGCCAAUUCCUGUCUGAAAGCACCGGCCCCUACAUAUUUGCAUUUGACAAAACCUCGGCCUCAGCGAGAAGCGUUUAAAAAUAGAGAAAAUGGCACCAACAAGAUAAAAACCACUCAUUGACAAAAACCUGGAUGAGAAUCAGCAAAAAGUCUUCUCUGACCUUAGUUAAAAUGAACAAAGUUGGUUAUGUAUAUCUCUGUACAUCAUUGUGUUGUCCACAAAUGAACAUUUUUUUAUUUCCCUUAUAGGAUUUUUACAUUAUACCUACAUAGAAAAUAUAUCUAUAUAUUGCCUUGGUAUGGUACUUAUGUUUAUGUGUGCAACAAAAUGAUUUCAGUGCUCUUAAAACUUUGAAUAAAAUCAAUGCUGUAAUAAAACUGUAGUGACAUA